GUGGGGGUGGCGGCGGAUGCAGAGCCGCACAGGGCACGGGCCGGGGCCCAGCUGCGUUAACCCUGCAAGAAGUCGCUCAGCGCUCACCGGCACGGAGAACCGGCAAGCCCAGGCCCCAGCAGUGACUUGUUCAGGGUCACAGAAUUUAAGAGCGAGCCAGGAUCCGAAUCCAGGUUUCGCGAGCCCUGCGCAUGGGACUUCUGCAGAGAGGGGGCCCUGCUCCUAGAGCACGCCAAGGAGACCUCGCCCUGCCCCCGAGCAUUCCUGGGCAGGCCAGUGCUGAUGGACAGCAGGGAGGAAGGCAGUGCCAGCUGGGACAGCGGACCCUGGGCCGGUGUUAACUGUCUGGCCUACGAUGAAGCCAUCAUGGCCCAGCAGGACCGGAUUCAGCAAGAGAUCGCGGUGCACAACCCCCUGGUGUCCGAACGGCUGGAACUCUCGGUCUUGUACAAGGAGUACGCGGAGGACGACAACAUCUACCAACAGAAGAUCAAGGACCUCCACAGAAAGUACUCCUACAUCCGCAAGACCAGGCCUGACGGAAACUGCUUCUACCGCGCUUUCGGGUUUUCCCACUUGGAGGCACUGCUGGACGACAGCAAGGAGUUGCAGCGGUUCAAGGCCGUGUCUGCCAAGAGCAAGGAGGACCUGGUGUCCCAGGGCUUCACCGAGUUCACAAUCGAGGACUUCCACAACACGUUCAUGGACCUGAUCGAGCAGGUGGAGAAGCAGACCUCCGUCGCCGACCUGCUGGCCUCCUUCAACGACCAGAGCACCUCGGACUACCUCGUGGUCUACCUGCGGCUGCUCACCUCCGGCUACCUGCAGCGCGAGAGCAAGUUCUUCGAGCACUUCAUCGAGGGCGGGCGGACCGUCAAGGAGUUCUGCCAGCAGGAGGUGGAGCCCAUGUGCAAGGAGAGCGACCACAUCCACAUCAUCGCGCUGGCCCAGGCCCUCAGCGUCUCCAUCCAGGUGGAGUACAUGGACCGCGGCGAGGGCGGCACCACCAACCCGCACGUCUUCCCCGAGGGCUCCGAGCCCAAGGUCUACCUGCUCUACCGGCCCGGACACUACGACAUCCUCUACAAAUAGGGCCGCCGCGCCCGCCGCGCCCGGCCCGCCGCCUCUGCCAGGCCUCGGCGUGUACAGAGGUGGUGGGCCUUUUUUUUUUUUUUUUUUUUUUUGUGGUUGUAAAUGGUCAUAUCUCACCCUCCCGUCCCCCCGCCCCCACGUCCUGUCUCACAACCUUCCAUGUUUUAUUAAAGGGGAUGCUGGUGGUGA